UUCAUGGUGUUAAAUGUGUAAGGUUUCCCAGAGAUGGCCAUGAUUAUUCAGUAGUGCCUGUCAUUGUGUGCCACGUUUGCUUAAAAGCACAAUUAUGUUGAUGAAUAGCAGGCUAAUAAGCCUUACCCCACCCCUUUCAAGCAACAGGGGUUAUUAUAUUGCCAUUCAGUUCCUAUUGCCUGAGCAGCUGCCAGCAUGGCUGGUUUGAAUGUCUCAAUUGCCUUCUUUUUCUCCGUAGUAGCCCUUUGUGAGGUAACCAGAUUGUUCUCUAAAAGAAUUCUUCCUCCAAAGGUAUAUUUGUGUCUUGCUCGAGAACUGGCCAGUUCAUUCCAGAUGUGCGCUUGCUGUCUUGAACUGAAGAUGCUGGUGAUGAUUGGUCCCUGGGGUGGUGGCUUUGGCCCAGAUGUGAGCCUGACUCUCCUAUUUGUUAUCUUCUUGGUUCAUGGAGCCUCAUUUGAUGGAGCUUCUGCUAAUCCUACACUCUCACUGCAGGAAUUUCUAAUGUUGGAUUCUUCUUUUGUGGUGACGGUUGCCAAACUUUUGGUACAGUUCAUGGGAAUGGGAGCAGCCUGGUCCAUUACCAAACAAUAUUGGUCAUGGGAACUUACAGACUUCCACAUGAUCCAGAACUUGAUGACUCGAGACUGCAGUUCUUCUCUCAGCACCUCUGUCUCCCAGGGCAUUUUUGUGGAAGCCACAUGUUCAUUCUUUUUCCACCUAGUGGUUCUCAGGUUCAAGCCUAGCUAUCCCAUGUACAGAAUCCCUAUCACAGCACUUGUUGUUACUGUCUUGGCCUAUACAGCUGCACCUUUCACAGGAGCCUUUUUCAACCCUGCCCUGGCUUCAGCUGUGACCUUUCCCUGUACUGGGAAUAGUAUACUGGAGUACAUGCAGGUGUAUUGGCUGGGACCCAUCAUAGGGAUGUUGAUUGCAUUAUUUGCUUAUCAAGGAAAUAUCCCUCGAAUCUUUCAAAGAAAUCUGAUCUACAGUCAAAAGAACAAAUACAAGACACCCAAGGGAAAAGUGUUUCCUAUGUCUGGUACUCAGGCAAAAACAGAGAAGACCAGCUGUUUAGGAUCAACAGAGAGAACAGAUUGAAAGAGACUGGCAAGGGUGUCCUUUUCAGCCAACGCUUCUUGGCACAAUAACUUAAAAGGAGAUGUUUUUGGCAUUUGAGAAUUUCUGUGGUCACAUGGUGGACUUUAGCUGGAAAGCAAAAAGGGAGACUUUCCAGUCACAAGUUAUUGUGCUGCAUCAUGCAGGGCUGGACUUAGUCCUGUGACAAAAACUGAGGAAAUCCUGAAGAUAGGACAC